CGCCUCUCCCAGCCCACGCUCGGGCAGGAAGGCAGGGAGACGGCGCAGCCAUCUCUCCGGCUCCGGCCGGGCUGUUCCAGGUGCCCCUUCCGCCCUUCUUCGGCGCAGCCUUGUUUGUCUGUCAGUCGCUCAAGCCCUUCCUGGAGCGAGUGUGAGUCGGACGGGAGUAAACGAGAGCGAAGGUGUGAAAGCGGGAACGAGGGAGGAACAAAACCAACUAAAUAAAAGGGCGAGAACGAAGUUAUCAGUUACUUCCUGCCUAUGAGACCGGCGUUUUUUUGUUUUUUUUUUAAAGUCUGGAGGGUGUAAAGAGUCUUCUCUGGAUAUUGAAUAGCAGUAUAUAGCAUUAUGCUGCUUUGGAGCUCUGGAAGAAAAAGUGAAGAAUGAAGGUGCCAGUAUGUCAUUCAGAGACAUAAAUAUAAAAGAAUUCUUAGGCAGCAUAAAUUUGAAGCAAUACUUUCCAAACUUCCAAGACUUUGGUUAUAAUACUUUGCAAGAUUGUGCUGGGAUAAAUGACCAUUCACUUCAACAAAUUGGAGUAUCUCCUACUGGACACCGAAGAAGAAUCCUCAAACAAUUGGGGGCUGUGCUUGCAAAAAUGCCAGCAGAAUCUGCGUUUGUUGAAAGCCAGAAAACAGAACACGUGGAAGAUCAAGAAAAUGGUUGUUCUCAGCCAUUUUCCCACCGUUCCAAUGCACAUAUUCUAAAUUUGGAGGAAAGUGUCACACCUAGUUGCACAUACAAUGAAUUGACAAAUGCUGCUUCUGGCAAGCAUAGCAUCUAUGAAGAAAAUCAGGGGCUUGCUGACCAUGAGUCAUUGGGAGCAAAAAGCAUCAUGAAAUCAGAUCAGGACUGCUCCAACUCCUGUCCAAACUUGUGUUGCUCAGCAAAUGCUUCCGAUGUUCUAGGAAAUGCACUCAGUAAUAUGAUGUCUGAAGGGUUGCCUCCUAUGGAUUAUCUCCUUGACAAGGGACAGCUAGAGACAAGUAACAUUGGCCCCAAAGAAACAGUAUCUCCUCUCUCCACUUUCUCUUCUUCUCAAAUGAAAUCUAGUGAUGAUGAAUUUCCCAUGCUUUCAGUACUGGAAAAUUUGGCAGUUACUUGCCCACCAGACUGCCCAUUUUUUGAAUUUCAAGGUGAAAUGGUAGAAAAUGAUCUGUAUAACACUUCAAAUCAUAAUCCUACAAAAUUAGUUCCAAGACCUACACGGUCGUUCAUGCUUAGGCAUCGUCCUGUUCCAGAAAUACCUGGUUCUUCCAAAGUUUCACCUUCAGUAAG